AUGUGUUUUAAUUCCGUUUAAAUCAUUUCCUUCAUACAAAGCAAAUAUCUACAAUCUUGUUCCAUUACAUCUAUUUUAAUCCACCGUCAGCGCCUUCUCCUGUAAGCUGCAUGUUCAAUAUGGGACCAAAGGUUGAAAGCUAGCGGUAAAACGGAAAUGUCCCAGCAGACGUGAAGGCGCCAUGUAACUGCACAGUCCGCGGCAGCAUCAGGAGCAAACAGCUGCAUCUCAGCGUGGAAAUGUCUGGUGUCUCCGUGGCAGGUGGGUGGAAGAUCAUCGCUCCUCCUGCGUCUGUCUCUCUGUGGACGCGUGUUUUUCUCCGUGUCUGUUUGCUGCGCAGUCCACUGAGCUGCUUUUAAACAGAAAGGCAGAAAGGAGAAAGUGACAGGAAGAAAGGAUGGACUCGAUCUCUAUGAAGGGGUGUAGCAGAAGACCUGUGUUUCUCACAGCCUCUUCCUCACACCUCAGUCACCCGGCGACCUGCAUGUUUCACUGUGGUGUUAGCAACACACCUGCAGAUUCAGGACCUUCCUGCCUGGUCCCUACCACUGUGGCUGUCCUUGGAUCAGGUGACUUCUCCAGGGGCAUCACCAUUCGCCUACUUCGCAGUGGCUUCAGGGUGGUGGUGGGCAGCCGCCAUCCCAAACUGGCCUCUCAUUCCUUUCCCCAUGUGGUGGAUGUGUCACACUAUGAAGAUGCCAUCAGGAAAUCUAACAUCGUGUUCCUGGCUAUCCAUCGGGAGCACUACUCUGUGUUAUGGGACCUUAAGCAUCUCAUGGCAGGGAAGGUCCUUGUUGAUGUGAGUAACAAUCGGAAACUAAACCAGUAUCCAGAAUCUAAUGCGGAGUAUCUGGCCUCACUGCUGCCAGACUCUGCUGUGGUUAAAGGCUUCAACGUCAUCUCAGCCUGGGCCAUGCAGCAGAGCUACCCCAAAGAUGCCAGCGCCCAGGUGUUCAUCUGCAGUGACUCAAUAGAGGCUCGUCAGCUGAUCUUGGAAUUGGCCCGCCAGCUCAACUUCCAGCCCGUGGAUAUGGGCCCCCUGUCUUUGUCUCGUUACAUCGAGAAUAUCCCUAUCCAGUUAUUCCCUGGUUGGAAGGGCCCCGUCCUUGCUGCCGUUGCUCUCUCCAUCUUCUUUUUUGGUUAUUCUUUUAUACGUGAUAUAAUCCACCCAUAUGUGCAGCACAAGCAGAGUGACUUCUACAAGAUUCCCAUAGAGAUAGUGAAUCACACCUUGCCCACUGUUGCCAUCACUCUCUUGGCCCUGGUGUACCUGGCUGGCCAGCUGGCAGCUGCGCACCAGCUUUACUAUGGAACCAAGUACAAGCAGUUCCCUCAUUGGUUGGAAGGCUGGCUGCAGAGCAGGAAACAGUUAGGUCUGAUUAGCUUUUUCCUGGCUGCUGUCCACGUUCUCUACAGCCUCUGUCUGCCACUGAGAAGGUCUGAGAAGUACCUGCUGCUCAAUGCUGCCUACCAGCAGAUUCAUGCUAAUAUGGAAAAUUCGUGGAACGAGGAGGAAGUUUGGCGGGUGGAGAUGUACGUUUCCUUUGGGAUCAUGAGUUUUGGGCUCAUGUCCUUCCUGGCCGUCACCUCCAUUCCUUCUAUCAGCAACUCUCUCAACUGGCGGGAGUUCAGCUUUAUCCAGUCCACCCUGGGUUACAUCGCCCUUCUCAUCGCCACAUUCCAUGGCCUGCUCUUUGGCUGGAAACGGGCCUUUGAUGAAGACGCCUACCGCUUCUACCUGCCCCCCAGCUUUGUGGUGUCCCUGGCUCUGCCUGUCUGCGUCAUACUGGGAAAGGUUCUAAUGCUGCUUCCUUGUGUAGGCCACAAGCUUCACCAGAUUCGCAAGGGCCUGGACACCAGUCCUUACAAGGGCCGGCGCCUGGAACCAGUUGGCUCAGCAGCAAAUAUUUUACCAGAGAGAGUUACUAUUAUGUGAUUCACUCCAAUUCUUUGCUAAUUAAUGUCAAUAAAUACUGUGAUUUUAGCUCUAAGAACAUAUGUAUCAGUCAUUCUCUCAACAGUUUUGCAUACUUGUGUGCAGUGGACCUGUGUACCUUUAUUUAUUCCAUUGCUACUGACCGUGUUACAGUUUUUCCCAAUUAAGCUGUAAGAUGGAAUAAACAUCCUGUCAGUUUAA